UCUUGUUUUUUUUUAAUUAGAAAGAAAACAUUGGAUGACUAUAGCGAGCAAGUUAAUUUUUGAAAAGAAAAAUUAAAACUAUUAAUUUUGAAUAAAAAAGAAAUAAUUUUCCUAUCAAUAUGAGCGAUUGGGAUAAAGUGACUGUAUUGAAUAAACGUCCAGUACGUCAAUCAGAACUUCGUACUAAACAAGCGGUAAAUAAUGCUAUGAAAUCUGGUGUACCAAUUGAAACGACAAAAAAAUUUAAUGCCGCUACAAAUAAACAUGCCGGACCAAGUGUUAGUGCUGUAAAACUUGAUCAAGAAACUGAAGAUUUUCAUCAUAAUCAUGUAUCGAUGGAUGUAUCGAAAUUAAUUUCAUCACAACGUCAAAAAAUUGGUAUGACACAAAAAGAAUUGGCAACAAAAAUCUGUGAAAAACCACAAGUGGUUAAUGAAUAUGAAGCCGGUAAAGCUAUACCGAAUCAACAGAUUUUGGGUAAAUUGGAACGUGCAUUAGGUAUUAAACUUCGUGGUAAAGAUAAAGGAUUACCAUUAGUACCUAAAAGUGGUAAAUGAAUAUAUCUACAGUUACGUAUUAAAACUAAAAAUGGUCAAUUUACUAUUGAUACAUUGCGUAUGUCAUCAACAAUUGGUGAAUUAAAAUCCAUAAUAUGGAGUAUAACCCAAAUACAUCCAGAUAAUUGUAAAUUAAUGAUUGGUUAUCCACCUAAAGAAAUAUUUCUUGUUGAUGAUGAACAAUUAGUUAAAGAAAUAAUACCAAAUCGUCGUGAAACAUUAAUAAUGGAUGAAAUUGUUGGACAAUCAUCAUUGAAUAAUCGUGAAAAUGUUCGACCAGUUAUACCAUUUAAUAUCAAUGAAGAUAAACUGAUACGUCGUAUGGAUCGUAUCGAAGUGCCUGCCAAUAAUUCUUGCCUAUUUGUUAGUGUUCAUUUUUGUUUGACAGGCGAAAUACAGGAAAAAUGUCCACGAUUACGUAAUCUAAUAGCCGAAACAGUACGAUCUGAUCCGAUUACAUAUAAUGAAGGAUUUUUAGGAAAACCAAAUGAUGAAUAUCAAAAAUGGAUACGUAAUGAAGAUCAUUGGGGUGGUGGUAUUGAACUAUCAAUAUUAUCAGCAUAUUAUGAAAUUGAAAUUGUUGCUGUUGAUACACAAAAUGAACGUUUAAAUCGUUUUGGUGAAGAUAAAAAUUACCCGAGACGUAUAUUUUUAAUAUUUGAUGGUAUACAUUAUGAUCCAUUGGUAGUACAUUCGAAUGAUUUAGAUAAUCCAAUACAAACAAGUUUUUCAUCCGAUGAUUUUGAAGUAAUUGAAAUGGCAUUAGAUGUUGCACGUAAAGCUAAAGCUAAACAUCAAUACACUGAUCUAAAUAAAAUGUAUCUUAAAUGUAAUCAAUGUAAUAGGCUAUUUGAUCAAAAUCAAGCACGUAAACAUGCAUCAUCAACUGGACAUAUAAAUUUUAGUGAAUUAACUGACAAAAAAUGAUUUUUUUUAUAAUUAUUUUAUUUUAUUUUA